UCUCUUAAAAAAGCUUGUGAAGAUAGAUGCUGUCAAAUUCAUGCUGCAGAAUCAUACGAGUAAACAUUUUCCUUUCUUGGGUGUCAAUGAUAAUUAUGGGCUGAGUGACCUUAGGUGCAGAACAACUUUCUAUACUGCCCUUACACGUCUCCUUAUGGUAGAGCUGGGAGAAGAUGAGGAUGAGUUUGAAAACUUCAUGCUUCCACUGACAGUUUCAUUUGAAACUUUAGCCCAGAUAUUUAACAGUAGUUUUAAGCAAGAGGAAGCAAAGCGUAUGUUGAUCGGACUGGCAAGAGAUCUUAGAGGGAUUGCCUUUGCUCUGAACACAAAGACCAGCUACACCAUGCUGUUUGACUGGAUAUACCCAUCAUAUCUUCCCAUUCUGCAAAGAGCUGUUGAGCUCUGGUAUCGUGAACCAGCAUGUACGACUCCUAUUUUGAAGCUCAUGGCCGAGAUGAUGCAAAACAGAUCACAGCGUUUAAAUUUUGAUGUGUCAUCUCCUAAUGGGAUUCUCCUCUUCAGGGAGGCUAGUAAGAUGAUUUGCACUUAUGGCAAUCAGAUCUUAUCCCUUGGGACUCUGUCAAAAGAUCAAGUUUAUCCACUGAAACUCAAGGGUAUUUCCAUCUGUUAUUCUGCACUCAAAUCUGCCUUGUGUGGAAAUUAUGUCAGCUUUGGCGUCUUCAAGUUGUAUGGGGACAACCACUUUGACAAUGUACUUCAGGCCUUUGUCAAAAUGCUGCUCUCAGUAUCCCACAGUGACUUGCUACAAUAUCGAAAAUUAAGCCAGUCUUAUUACCCACUCCUGGAAUGUCUCACUCAGGACCAUAUGAGUUUCAUCACCAGUUUGGAGCCUCAUGUACUAAUGUAUAUAUUCACUUCAAUAUCUGAAGGACUUACUGCACUGGAUACAAUUGUCUCCUCCAGCUGUUGUGCAAGCUUAGACUAUAUUGUCACCUACCUCUUCAAGCAUAUAGCAAAAGAAGGCAAGAAACCCCUGAGAUGUAGAGAGAUCUCUCAAGAUGGGCAAAGAUUACUGCACUUUAUGCAACAAAACUCAGAGGUGCUCCAGCAGAUGAUGUCAAUUCUUAUGAACACCAUAAUUUUUGAGGACUGCAGAAACCAGUGGUCUGUGUCAAGACCCCUCUUGGGUCUCAUACUGCUCAAUGAGAAAUACUUCAGUGAAUUAAGAGCGAGUUUGAUAAACAGUCAGCCUGCCGAUAAACAAGAAGUGCUUCAUCAGUGCUUUAGGAACCUAAUGGAAGGAGUAGAGCAAAACCUUCUGAUAAAGAAUAGAGACAGGUUCACACAGAAUAUGUCUGUCUUCCGGAGAGACAUGACUGAAACACUGCGCUGCGAGGGGGUGUCAGAAUCAAGCAGUUCAGAAAUGAUGAGUUGAUGCUGAACUUGGAUUGUGUUUCAAUAAUAAUGAACACACUUGGAAGGUUGGGGCCCCAUGCUAUGUUGUUAGGUAAAUUUUGACUUUCAUAGAAAAUAUUUUUUUAAAUGAUUUCUGCCUUUUUAUACCUCUGGCAUAAAUGUAAGGAUUUGUAACAUUGGAAGCAAUGUGAAAUCAGACUUGGCCCGAAGAACCAUUUUGAAUUCCUGGACUGGUAUUUCUUUUUUUCCCAGUAAAAUGAUACAGAAAUGAAACUUACCAAAGAAUAAAAUAUCUAUUUUCCCCGAGAUUGCAUUUGCGACUGGGUUUCAAUUGGACCAAUAAACAUUUUCUCAGAAAAUUUCUAAAAAGUUAGUGAUUGUCUUUUGACUUUUUCAUCUCAUCUUUCCCCAGAACCUUUGAAUGAACAGAGCACAUAAUAUUAAACAGUGCAGCUAUAGAUACAUCUAUAUUUUUUAAGGAUUUCCAUCUAAAUCCUUUUGAUGAGAAAAAUACUUACAGAAUGAAAACUAAUUCUUCUGGUUAAAUAUAGGUGAGAAUGCAGAAUGUGAUCCUUUAAGAAGCGUACAGGUAGUUAUACAUCCUUUGGAAGAAUGUGAAUAAUUAUUUGUUUCACACUGAUGCGCUUUGAAUGUUUCAUUCGCAGCAAAAUACCAGUGCCACAAUCUGUAUUUGUUAACUACUAUAGCAUUCUUGGAACAAGAAUUAAGUUGAGUGCCACUGUAAGAAGCCAGCAAAUACAGAGCUUUCUAUCUUAAGCAUGUAGUGUGUAAAUAGUGCAUGACAUGAAUCUAAUAUCAAAAGCUGGUAUUUUACUAUUGUAGAGGAGAGCAUAUCUUAAGUGCUAGCAAAGUGUAAUGUGAAAUCCAAAAGCAAGGACUCUUUGUCUAUUAGUUUCAAAUGCUAUUCUGUUGAAAACAAUGGGAUUUACUUGGAAGUACUUUUAUUUUUAGAAUAAAUAUUUGGGAAGGUGAAAGAAUAUUGAGGUGC